AUGGUCCAGGCAGAGCCUCGUCUCGACGAUGUCGACGCGAAGAUCCAUCCGGCCAGCGCAGACCACAGUACCGCGCGUGCAGGUGCACGCACGGAUACCCUCACCUGGUUUAGCCCGCUGGUCGAGACGGUUGCCCGGGGUGUGGCCGCUGAGCAGAGCCCAGCUACGUGGAGCCACAGGUGAGAGUUAGGUGCCAGCAAGUGGACGCUAGGCGUAGUCUCCCCUGCAAGCAAGUGAGCGACCACUUCGACCAUCACGUGGACCCACCGCUAACACCCCUACACCCCUACUCGAACCUAUCAUCAGAGACAAAAAAACAGAUGCAGGCGGUUCAUGCGCAAGCGGCUGCAGUAUUUAUAGGAAGUGGUCACUAUGCUACCGCAUACCUAUGAAUAUUCACACCCCCCCCCCUUCAUCAGGGAUCGUUGCACUUGGUUUUUUUGAUUGUUUGAUGGCCAACAUUCGCGUCGUUAAUUGCUUCAGUUUCACCACGCGUAUUGGAUGUUGGUGUGAUGAUUGCUCGACCGUCUGAUCCACCGACCCUGGCGUGGGUGACAGUGUUCACCUGUGCAUUCCCCGCGUGGCUAAUUAAUCCGCCUAGGCGAAGUCUCAGCACCGAGUAUAGAAUGGGAAGUUCACUGCACUUGGUGAUGAACUGGGGAUCAGUGAACCAUGACUUAAGCAGCUCCCGGCUCACGCGGUUGUCACCUCUAACGAGAAUUUCGGCUUCGUCGAAUUUGAAUGUGUGAGCAGAUCUCGUCAAACGAGCCGCAAAUUGAGCGCUGGCGUCAUUUAUCUGCUGCCACGGCAAGAAACGUCCGGAGUCGUUUAUCGGAUCUGUUGCAGUUGCGGACAAAGCAACUACGUUGGAUGAACCGGAAGAUAGCUCCGAACGCUAAUAGCCGAACACGCUGUAGCGGUGCCACCUCUAAAGUUGCGGCUCAUUCGACGUGAUUCGGCCACAAAUUCAAAUUCGACGAGGCUGAAAUUCUUGCAGAAGGUGACAACCACGUGAGCCGGGAGCUGCUUGAGUCAUGGUUUACUGGACCCCAGUCCAUCAGCAAGUGCAGUGACCUUCCCAUUCCAUACUCGGUACUAAGACUUCGCCUAGACGGAGUAAUUAGCCACGCGGGGAGUGCAUAGGCAAGCACUAGCCCCUACGCCAGGGUCGGUGGACCAGGUGGUCGAGCAAUCAUCACACCAGCAUCCAGUGCAGGUGAUGAAAUUGCAGCAGUUAACGACUCGAAUGUCGGCCAUUAGACAGUCAUCGAACCGAGUGAAGCGAUCCCUGAUGAAGGGCGGAAUGGUGAAUAUUCAUAGGUGUGCGGUAUCAUGGCGGCCGCAUCCUAUAAAUACUGCAGCCCCUUGUGCAUGAACCACCCGUAUCUGAUUUUGCCUCUGGUGAUGGGCUCAAGUAGGAAUCCGAAACGUCAGUCAAAUAAAGCUCUUGUUCCAGCGAUUGUGUCUCCUUCUUCGACACUAAUUCCUGUGACUCGUCUCUUCGCUUCUAUUGGCAAUGGUUUGCGUUGUAAUGUGUCCACAUUGGAGUGCUACUGACUGCAGAAGAGAAGGGCCUAGCAAUUCUUCCUUCAAUAAGGUUCAUUUGGGAAUCAUCGUUUGCCUGUGAUCAGUCUGAGGCACUUAUAAAUUACCGCUUUCAUCGAUUACACAUGCUUAAAACUGCAAACUGUGGUUGCUUAGUACACGAAGACACCGUUACUGAUUAUUGAGUUCUCCCAGUUUAACAAUGGUUUUAGUCCUUAUUUAUGUCUAACUGACGCAUACUUCUGAUUCAAAUUGUUGAUUUCAAAUUUAACAGUCCCAGGUUGUGCAAGACACUGAACUUUUUUUCCCUAACUAUGAAUAUUUAUCCUAUAAAUAUAUUUUACUUGCUCGUAAUCAGUAGUGUACUUGUGCGCGGAGUAGGCGGGCCAGUGAAACUGUCGCGAUGUAUGCGGGCGCUAACGUAAGCUUUAUGUGACGGCAGAAUACCGACGAAUCACGGGUCUGGGCUUUUAACUAUGCCUGUUUUGUCACUAUGAUAAAUGUUGCAAUAUAUGUAUAUACUGCUGGUUACCUGUUGGCAGUUUAUAAAUAUUUCGCGGUUCUUCCGCUUUUGCUAAUGAAUUUCGGCUCGAAUAUUCAUAUCAGCCUUCAGGCUGAGUCUAUAAAGCUUCACUGAGGGUGAUUCGUUUCAAGUUAACGUGUUAAUUUCUGAGGAGAUUGAAAGGCCUUAUUUUCAAAACCGGAUUAUCCACCAGAAAGCGCACGGAGAGCGCCCGGGGGCCGCACUGAUGAGCCGAACCCUUCAAGAUGUUGCAUGGAGCACCAGGCUAUCGACGAAGCAUGCGUGUCUGGGCUUUCAGCUAGCGCCUAUGCUGUCGGUAUGGCAAAUCAUGCGGAGUAAGUAUGUUUUUGGUCACUGGGAUUGUUCCGAAAAAAAUAGUUCGGGAAAUGACAGCGACUUUGAACAGAUAUGCUCCAUCCCUUUUCUAAAAUUGGGGCCGCGAAAAUGACAGGGGGCGCAGGACGAACAGUUUUUCGCCUCCGGCUGAAUAAUUUAACCGCUGAACCGGAUGUAGAGGAUAGAGCUCACGCGUUGGGUCACUGCAGAACAUUACUUCCGUGAGUAUGGCAUCUAAAAGUUGCGAAAGAUGUUCUAAAUGCAGACAGCGAGUGAUAGGCGUUUAAAACAAAAAUUAGUUUCGCAGAAUUUGCACCUUUCUGGGUGACUUAUAGAAUUCUUGUUAACAGAAAAGGACUGGCUACAUCUAACAUUGCAAUCCAGAGGGAAAAAUAUAAAAACCUCGCACUGACUGUUGCGCCUACUGUGGUCAUAAUGUUUCAAAAUAGCUGAAUAGAUUAAGUUUUAAUAGCCUACACAAUAAAACUGUUCGUUUUAUAACCGACAAGUCCACAGAAUCUCAAGGCUUUAGAUUCUACGGUCUCCUUGAUAGAUCAGCUUUCGAUUCAACAGGAUCGCCGUUCCUUAAGUUAUGAGGUGUUGGACGGAUUCAAAUUUCUUCCGCCUAACAGUGAAGAGGAGACUAAAUAAAAUUUAAAAAACAGUACUUUAGUCUACGUUAAUAGAUUACCUAGUUUUUCACUGGCGAAUGAAGGAAGACAUCACACACUUUGGGGGAGUGGGGUUAAAGGCAAGUAAACUCAACAAUUUCAUACAAUGACCUUGGAAUUUUUCACAAGUAACAGGGAAUUAAGAGGAACAUUUUGGAUACAUUGAGGAAGAGUUAAGAGGUAGACAUAAUGGAUUCGCAGAAAAACACAGGUUGCUUUAAGGAGCUAAAUUCCGCCCAAUAUUUACGUUUACUGACAAGUCGACAUUAAUGUGCAAGAUUAUCCAUUUUCCUCUGUGGAAAAAGUUAAAGUGACACAUUUAAACGAUAUCCUAUAGGGCAGAGUGCGUGAACAGUAGAUGUGCUAACUCACUAAAUGUCAACCAAAAUUUCGAAAUGCGUUCUCGUUUCGAAAAGAUAAAUCAAGUAAUGUUUUAAAACGAACCAUGAUGCAGCAUAAAUCUAUAAUGCUCCAGUUACCUCAGGGAAAUUCAAUUAUAUUUUAUGGAAAACAUGCAUAAAAUAUUCAUUCUUUUACUUAUUCGGUAGAAAAUCACAUCUUCUUUCAAUUUCCUACUCAAAAGAAGAGUAUAAUUCGGUUUUAAAGAAUUUUGCGCCUUGGUUAAUAUCUCGGUUUUGUAAAGGUUUCCGUGUGUCCAAAUCCUUUCACCCCAAGGUCAAUAAAAAGGCUAACUGAAUGGGUUAUGUUAAUUUGACUGCACAGUUCAUUCGUUGGAAUUUUCUCCCUUUCCGGCAAACCCACUGGAAGGGUUUUGUUAAAAUGAGUUAUUUUCAACAUUUUACGCUUCGGUUACGUCUUUUUCCGAAAUCGACGAACCCGUUGGUGUGCCUUUCACCUGUUCGCAGAUUGUCCCGUCGAACGUGAAGUACGCCCUGAGACAGAGUUUCAGGAGCUGACGGACUUAGAUGUGUACAAGACAAUUCUCGUUCCAUCGUAUUUGUUUUAUAGAAGCAGCUCGAUUGUCUCGAUCGACGAGACAAUCUACGAACAGGGGAAGGGUACACCAAUGGGUUCGCUGAUUUCCGGAUUCAUCGUCGAGGCGGUCCUACAACGGUUAGAGUCGCUAGUCUUCCAACACCACAGACCGAAUUUCUGGGUCCGGUAUGUGGAUGAUACCUUCGUCGUUAUCGACCGGGAUCAGCUGCUGACCUUCAAGGAACAUCUGACUACGGUCUUCCUGGGCAUACACUUUACAAUGGAGGAGGAAGAGAACAACCAGCUGGCCUUCCUGGAUGUCCUCAUAUGUCGCAAAGAUUAUGAUGGACUGAAGACCAUAGUGCUCAGGAAAGCGACAAAUACGAUGAAAGUACUGAACUUCAAUAGAAACCACCCAAUCAGCCACAAACGCAGUUGUGUAAGGACGCUCUAUCGGCGUGUCGAAACGCACUGCAGUGAGUCGGAAGACAAGAUUGACAAACCACAAUGCCUCCUACGGGACUUCAAAGCCAAUGGCUAUCCGCGCAACUUCGUCAACCGGUGCAUACGCAAAAGGGAUGAAAGGAAUAACUGCACAGACACCAAAUUUUGGCGAGCGAUUCCGUAUGUCAAGAAUGUUUUGGAAGCUGUCGGCCGCCUUCUCGCACCACUUGGGGUUGGAGUUGCACACAGACCGAAGGCAACCAUCAAGCGUCAGGCAAUGAACCCGAAAGACCCGCUACCACCACAAGAAAUGUCUGCAUUCGUUUAUCGGAUCUGGCGCAGUUGCGAAGAAAGCAACUACAUCGGAGAAACCGAAAAACAGCCCCGAACGCGAAUGGCCGAACACGCUGCAGCUGUGUGGAGAAAUGACACCAGCUCUAAAGCUGCAGCUCGUUCGACGCGAUUCGGCCGCACAUUCGAAUUCGACGAGACCGAAAUUCUCACAAGACGUGAAAACCACGUUUGCCGCGUGCUAAAUGAGACAUGA